AUGAAAUCGCACAAUUUUCGCUUGUAAAAUAAAUAAAAAAAUACCAAAAACAUGUUCGGCUGCAUUUAUCAGUUAUGGGACUGGUUGGAAGCACCCCCGUUAUUUACAGGGGCAACAAUGGACGCCAAAAAAUUGCAACAAUUGCAGCAGGCAAAUGCACAAAAGAAAAUACCGCUUGCAUAUCAAACAAAUAUUGCCGAUUACCGUACGGCAACACAUUCGCCAGUCUUCCAACAACAGCAUCAUUCACAAGGUGGUUAUCAUAUGAGUGGCACGGGCUAUCAGCAAAGUCCUACAGCUACUUCAUCGAGCGGUGGACCAUUGACGCCAAUCGAUAUGCAGCCGCAACCAAAUAAAUUGCUAAUGAAUAUGGAUUUACACACACUAUUGAGUCGAAUGUCCAGUGUUUUCCGUUUUGUACUAUCACAUUAA